ACAGUACAAAUACACAUGGUAUUGCUGUAUUUGCUACAGCUUGCGGUUUGUUGUUUGUCGGAAUUUCCGAUCCAUUUUUAUCAACAGCUCUGCCAGUUUUUGCGUUGAGCUAAUUGUGUAAGUUCCCGGACUGCCAUAAUUUGUACUUAUAAUUUAGUGUUACCUCCGCCAUUAACAAGAAUGGGGUUCGCGGGAUAUGUUGCCUGGUUUGUCAUUUCCGGGAUCGCUUUCAUAGCGAUCUUGCUUUUAUUAUUUGUGGCAUUUGCUUACUGGUAUGAAUCGGUACAAAAGAUCAUUUCACCCAUCAGCAAACGAAAAAAGCGCCUUCCAUAUCAAGAGAAGAAAUGGGUGAACUCGUCUGAGAUUUCAUCAACUGAAGUAAAAAAUUUCAAGCUUAACGUUCCUGAGGAAGUUCUGGAAGAUCUUCGUUCGCGGCUGCGGAACACGCGUUAUGGGCCACCCAUGGAGGGUGUUAAUUUCCAUUUUGGCUUUCCUGCACAUUAUCUCAAGAAGGUGGUAUCGUACUGGUUGAACAAUUAUGACUGGAGAAAGCAAGAAGCCUACAUCAACAGUUUUCCGCAAUACACCACCAAUAUCGAGGGUCUGACUAUUCAUUUUGUGCGCGCUGUCCCACCGGAAGCGGCAGGUGGCCGCGUGAAGGUCGUUCCGAUUCUGGCUGUGCAUGGGUGGCCCGGAUCGUUCUUUGAACUGCUGAAACUGGUGCCGCUACUCAACAAGCCUAGGGAGAUUUCGCAUAAUACAUUCGUUGCCUUCGAAGUUAUUAUCCCAUCCAUUCCCGGAUACGGAUUUUCCGACGCCGCUGAGAAACCGGGUCUGGAAACCGGUAAUACCGCUCGCAUAUUCAAUACACUGAUGAAUCGGCUGGGCCAUGAACAAUACUUCAUCCAUGGAGGCGAUUGGGGAAGUUCAGUAUGUAGUUUCCUUGCAGCGAUGUAUCCCGAAAGGAUCCUGGGAAUGAACAUUACAAUGUACAAUAUCCCAAUGCCUGCCAGCGGAAUGAAAGGCCUACUGGCUAAGUUCUUCCCUUCACUGAUGAAAAUUAGUCCGGGAGAUGAGAAGAAGCUGUUCUGGAACAAUUUCGGCUUCACUAUGCGAGAAUCAGGCUAUUUCCACAUCAACGCUACCAAACCGGACACAGUCGGAAGUGCGCUGACGGACUCGCCCGCGGGACUUGCGGCCUAUAUUCUGGAAAAAUACUCCACUUGGACUAACCCUGCCAACAUUGAUUAUCCUGAAGGAAACAUCACAAAGUACUUUACACUGGACGAACUGCUGACCAACGUGAUGAUCUACUGGGUAUCGAACUCAAUAACCUCCUCCUGCCGACUAUACAAGGAAGCAUUUUAUUCCGGUCCUGAGAUUGAUCUUCCGAGAUCGAUACCGGCGGAGAUGCCGACUGUUUUAUCCGAUUUCCAGAGCGAAAUUGGAGGGGCUAAUCCACCGGAUGCGUUUGCUAAACUUUACUUCCCUAAACUGAUUACGGUGUCCAAGCAUGUGACCGGAGGUCACUUUCCCUCCAUGGAACGACCUGACGAUGUGGCUAGUGAUAUUUGGCUUUUGGUUUCAUCCGUAUUGAAGUAGCGGAUUUUUGUGCCCUUGCGUAGCGUUUUUCAUCUGCGUGCAAUUUUCUGGUUACUGAAAUACAAAAGUCCACAUAGGUUUGCAGAGGUUUUUAACAAUACAAUAUUGUACUAAACUAACAGAUUUUGCCAAUAAUUUUAGAUAAUGUACUGUGAGAUGUGCAGCUUCCGAUGCAUUAUGCUGGUGGGUAGAAAAUUUUU